AUGACGUUCCGAUUCUAUUCGAAGAUGUUGGUCUUAUCCUGCGCUACCUCUGCUUAUCCUACUCACACUCUUACAGCUUCUAGAGCCGUAGUUCCAGUGCGGUCAAGCUCUCGAGUCUCUGUUACUCAUCAUCAUCAUCAUCAUCAUCGCUGUGAUCAUCCCUUUGUGCCUGAGGUUGAAAAAGCCGUAGAUUCUCUGUACUCGGAGUUCCGAGCUGUAGAUAAUCUGGUGGCCCACAACACUUCCCGUGUUCUUAGAGCUUUCCAGAAUGCUCGGGUUGGAUACCAUCACUUUGGUGGAUGCACGGGCUAUGGUCAUGAAGAAGCUGGGGGGCGUGAAGCCCUUGACCAAGCUUUUGCAGAAAUUUUUGGUGCUGAAUCUGCAAUUGUCCGGUCACAGUUUUUCUCAGGGACUCACGCUAUCACUUGUGCUUUGUUUGCUCUUCUAAGGCCAGGGGAUGAGAUGUUGGCUGUUGCUGGUGCUCCUUAUGAUACCUUAGGGGAAGUUAUUGGUAUCAGAGACUCUCAUGCGCUGGGUUCCUUGAAAGAUUUUGGAGUGAACUACCGGGAAAUUCCACUUGCAGAUGAUGGUGGGCUUGAUUGGGGUGCACUUAAGGUAGCUUUAAGAGCUCAAACAAAAUGUGCACUCAUACAGAGGUCUUGUGGUUAUUCAUGGCGUCGUAGUUUAAGUGUAACUGAGAUUGGGAGGGCAAUAGAGAUGAUCAAGAUGCAGAAUCCAAACUGCUUGGUCAUGGUGGAUAACUGCUAUGGUGAAUUUGCAGAAAGCAUUGAACCUCCAAUGGUGGGUGCAGAUCUAAUUGCAGGCAGUUUAAUAAAAAAUCCUGGUGGAACCAUUGCACCAUGUGGUGGAUAUGUUGCAGGGAGGGAAAAAUGGGUAAAAGCAGCUGCAGCUCGUCUCUCUGCACCGGGACUUGGGGUUGAUUGUGGCUCAACCCCUGGUGAUAUAAUGCGAGCAUUUUUUCAGGGAUUGUUCCUUUCACCUCAAAUGGUUGGGGAAGCAAUCAAGGGAAGCUAUCUGAUUGCUGAAGUCAUGGCAUCUAAAGGGUAUAAGGUUCAGCCACUUCCCCGGGUAUCCCGUCAUGAUACAGUACAGGCAGUACAGCUUGGAAACCGUGAGCGUCUCCUUACUUUCUGUGAGGCUGUGCAGAGAAGCUCCCCAGUGGGUUCUUUCAUCAAGCCGGUUGCGGGUUCUACUGCUGGUUAUGCGUCCGAGGUGAUCUUUGCUGAUGGAACCUUCAUUGAUGGGAGUACAAGUGAGCUCUCAUGUGAUGGGCCAUUAAGGGAGCCUUUCUCUGUGUUUUGUCAGGGUGGCACCCAUUGGACUCAGUGGGGGCUAGUUUUGGGAGAGGUUCUAAAAUCUGUAUGAUCUGAGACUAAUUUUGGAAAUGAAGCAAAGUGUAUUAUAUUCUUCUGGUGAAGUUAUUAUUGUUUUACCCAUCUCACCAGACUUUUAAUUGAGCCAUUCGAUUGUGGCUAGAACAAUAUUGCUUAUGGAAGAUGGCUUAAGAACUCAGCACGUUCUUGAGUUGAGGUAAAAGAUCUUAUUCUACUUUGUUUACUAGGACCAUUUGGUGAUGUGGUCCAGAUUCAAUUAGUUAUAUUAUUGAUGAGCUUGCAACUUGAAGCUGAAUGCUUUUCAAUUUGACACUGGUGCCAAGCAGCCAUCUGAAACAAGGAUAUUGGACUGUCAGCUGACUUCCUUUUCAUUAUAUAUAUAUAUAUAUAUAGUGUAUAUUGUUGGGUUUUUUUUUUUUUUUUUUUU